AUGAAGACUGCGCAGGCAGGGAAAGGACCUGUCCCUUGUUCCCGGAAGAUGGAAGAUCGCCCACGCCUGGCACUGUGCCGAGAGCCUGGGGCCUCUCACACUCCGUGCGUCUGCACCCCCGCGCCGCGCUGCUACACCAACGCGGGACACAGCACGCCGGGCGCCCUUUCCCCGGGCCAGCCACUCCGCGCACUGCGUAUCGCCUGGCGCCGGCUCCUCCGGUCCCCGUUCCCUGUCACUGCAGGGAACAUCAUGGCCGUGGAUGUGACAGAAUAUCAUCUGAGCGUCAUCAAGAGCCCUGCUGGCUGGGAGGUGGGUGUCUAUGCUGCAGGGGCCCUGGCACUGCUUGGAAUCGCAGCUGUGAGUCUGUGGAAGCUCUGGACAUCGGGGAGCUUCCCCAACCCCUCUCCAUUCCCUAAUUACGACUACAGGUACCUGCAGCAAAAAUAUGGAGAGGCCUACGUGGAGGCAAAGCUGAAGAGAGUCUCUCAGUGGAAUGCCCAGAGGACCAACCCUCGGGGACCACCCAGCCGCAAAGGCAGCCUCAGUAUUGAGGACACCUUUGAAAGCAUCAGUGAACUGGGACCCCUGGAGCUGAUGGGCCGAGAACUGGACCUGGCCCCCUAUGGUACUCUCCGCAAGUCACAAUCUGCUGACUCUCUGAACUCCAUUUCCUCUGUGAGCAACACCUUUGGGCAGGAUUUCACACUGGGCCAGGUGGAGGUUAGCAUGGACUAUGAUGCGGGCUCCCACACCCUCCACGUGGCGGUGUUGCAAGGCAAGGACCUCCUGGAGCGGGAGGAAGCCACCUUCGAAUCCUGCUUCAUGCGUGUCAGUCUGCUGCCGGAUGAACAGAUCGUUGGCAUCUCCCGGAUCCAGAGGAAUGCCUACUCCAUCUUCUUCGAUGAGAAGUUCUCUGUCCCCCUGGAUCCCACAGCCCUGCAGGAGAAGAGCCUUCGAUUUUCUGUGUUCGGCAUUGAUGAGGAUGAAAGGAACGUUAGCACCGGUGUGGUGGAGCUGAAGCUGUCUGUUCUGGACCUCCCACUGCAGCCCUUCAGUGGCUGGCUAUACUUACAGGACCAGAAUAAGGUGGCUGAUGCUGUGGGAGAGAUCCUGCUGUCCCUCAGUUACCUGCCCACAGCUGAGCGUCUGACUGUGGUUGUGGUGAAAGCCAAGAAUCUCAUCUGGACCAAUGACAAGGCCACAGCAGACCCCUUUGUCAAAGUAUACCUGCUGCAGGAUGGGAGGAAGAUGAGCAAGAAGAAGACGGCUGUGAAGAGGGAUGACCCCAACCCAGUGUUCAAUGAAGCAAUAAUCUUCUCAGGCCCUGCCAUUGUGUUACAGGACCUGUCUCUCCGAGUGACAGUGGCUGAGAGCAGCAGUGAUGGCCGUGGGGACAACUUGGGGCAUGUCAUCAUUGGGCCAGCAGCCAGUGGCAUGGGCACCACACACUGGAACCAGAUGCUGGCCACACUACGCAGACCUGUGUCCAUGUGGCACCCAGUCCGGCGAAACUAGCAGCCAGGGCAGGCCAGAUGGGCAGCAGAGCCACCAGAGCCUGGCACCAUCUCAGUUCUAUCCAGUGAUGCCCUCUCCAUAGUCAGCUGGAGCCGUGAACACUGAGGCUGCCCCUCCUCCCAGGGGGUCCUCAUCAGCCAUCUUGGAUCCUCUGUCCAGACUGUCAUGGAGGAAUGGGUGUGGCUCUUCACCUGAGGACCUAGGGUAAUUUCCCCACUAAUGACCACAUGGAGCUGGCUGGGGACCCAGCAGAAUGAUCAACUGUGUACUAGAAAGCCUAAUGACGGAUGUCCCUAGCCUGCAGAGGCAUAUGGGCUUCAGAGCUAGCCAACCCCCCUCCGAAAUUCUCUUAGAAGCCAGAUGCUAGUAAGUCUUGAGGGACUAGUCCCUGUACUGAGAGGGCUAUGUUAACAAGACGUAGCACCCAGGAUACCACGCCAGGAAGUCAAGAUGGCCCUCUCCCAUCCAGGUUACUAAUCAAGUAACUGCCCAUCCAGAUGGACUUGGGAAGCAGCCCUCUGGUUUGGGGAGACGGGGAGAAUCUCUCAGACAAGGAAGGAGCUGCACUUUGAGGAUUAGGGAGUAAACAGCACCCAGAGUUAGCAGGGUAGUGGGAGCUGUGGUGAAUAGUCAAGCAAUAGAAGGGAAUGAAUUAGCCCAUCCCAAACACACACUAUUCCCAUUGCUGUGGGAACAAGAAAAAAACAGGAGACUAGGCCCAGAGGAAGCCUGCAGGCCACAUGAAAGCUCUCCCGACCUUACACCCUGAGAGAACCAGAAAUCACCAAGGGCCCAGAUCCAGGCCCUUGUGUUUGGAUCCAGUGCAAAUCAGCACAGAUCCACCAGCGCUGGCUGCUGUCCCUCCAGGCCAGGCCUCUCUUGAAAGGAAGCUCUAAGGCAGGCCUAAAUUCACGCCUAGGAGUACUGGGCAUCUUAGGUCAAGUUCCCUAACACCGAGUCUUCAAGGAUAUUUAGCCUUAGUCUGGAGCCAGUAGGGACUCUGGGGGAAAGGUGUUCAGAAGCCAAAGGUCGGAUUGUACAUCAUUAGUAGAAUCCUUCAUUGGCUCACACCUGGUCAGAAUUAGUGGGGGUAUCGCAUCCUUCAUAAAUGUCAUUUGGUAAUGGCAAUCCCAGAGAAGUGGUGGCUUUUGGCUUCUUCUCUCUGGCACCUGCAGAUUUAAAAGGAUAGUGGCCAUGGGGAGUGGUAAGAAGACGGCUCAGGUAGCUGCCUCUGGUCCUUGACCCUAAUGAAUUAUGAAUACUCAGAUCCAAUGAGGAACCACGGAGACCCAGGUCUAGUCAAUUACCAUCAAUGACAAGAAGAAGGAUGGCUAGAACAGAGACACAGGUCAAUAGGACUGGAGGCAGGACGCCUGCCACAACUGGACCCUCCCGAAGCCAGGUUUCUCAGCCUGUGGCCAAUAUCAAGAAGUGAAUUCUGGACCAGGGAUACUGGUAGCUGGGCCAGACCUUGUCAUCUGGAAGCCCCAGACUCUAAUCAGUUUUGCAGGGCAGACUACAUCCCCCAACCUCUGUCCCCCUGUUCCUUUCUUCUAUACUGCAUGAAAUGUUGACAGUGUGCUCGGAUGGCUGUGGUGGUGACCAAGAAUGCCGAGUGGAAUGAUUUGUGAACCAAAAUAAAGCUGGAGCAGGA